AUGACACUGAGGUUAAUUCAAAUAAUUAUUUGUGAUCUAUUCCUUAUACCAUUAGCAUCAACUUUGCACCAGUGUGGUCUUCGAGAUGGACCUUCACAAAAGGUUGAGGAUAUCAUUGAUCUAAAUGUUUUGGGAAUUUCAGAAUUGAGUAGUCACAAGCUAUUGACACAUAUGAUGCUAGCACUCAAAAGUGAAACUAUUCUUAAAGCUCUCACUGAUUGA